CUGCACUGACAUUUAUGAAAUUGUUUUUUUGUCAUUUUUAUUUAUUUUGCAACUUCUAUUCAGAAUGAAACAAUUUAUUAAAAUUAAAUAUUUUCUUAAUUAAAAAUUCAAAUACGAAAUAAUUUAUAUUUUCAGUUUAAUUAAGUGAGUUUUCUUGUUACUGCUGGUAUUUAUUUCGUAGCGAAACGCCUAGAAUUUGUUAACUGUGUAUUUGUCAAAAGAAAAUGGAGCCUUCAGACAUCACGCUGCAAUUGGGCCAAUUACUCUUGGUUCAAACAACUACGGAAUUAUUGACUGGAAUACUAAAAUUUGUUGAUCCUAAACGCAAAAUAAUAGAAUUAGAAAAUGCUUAUGAUCAACGCUCAAAUUGUCAAUAUACCUCGCCACAGAUUUUGAACUUUCCACAAAUUAAAAAACUUCAAAUUAUACGAGAUAAUACGCUACCAAAUAGUAGAAAUAGUUCCAGUUCCACAACACCAAGCGCAUCUGAAAUUGACCCGGAAAGUCCAACCAGUUACAAAACAGCAUUAAAAUCGUUAGCAUCAACACCUGAAAGCAAACAAUCGCCACAGCAGGAUAGUGAUGUUUCGUUAAGUAGUACUGAAUUGGAAUUGAUACACGGGCAAUUAAAUGCGAUUGUUUGCAUUACACAAACUGAUCAGAAAUAUCACAAAGCAUUAGCAGAUAUACGCGUACAGCCCGUUGUUGCGCUUGUCAUGGAACCUGUGGAUUACGGUAGGGCGCAACGUACUUCAGUGCUAAUUAUAUCCACAUUCCAAACCGUAUACAUAUUCGAUAUUAUUGCGCUGGGUAAUAUAUUUCGCGAAAUUAAACAGCUCCUAGAGGCAGAGCAACCACGUAAAGCGGUACAUUACAGUCAUAGACUAGUUGAUCAUCUGAAAAAUCGGCACGAUGUUAAUUUAGGUGGAAUAUUCGAUACUUUUGUAGCAAUCUCCAUUGUACGUGGUAUUAAAGAGCCAAUGACACUUAUAGAAGCAGUAGAACAAACAUUUAAUAUAACGCACCUUUAUUUUCAACCUGGUGCAGAGAGCAACCAUAAUAUGGAUCCUUACAAACGGCCACUAAACGCUGACUUUCGCCAAGUACUAGCAAAGAAAGCUAUCUUUCAAUUAAAAUUGCAUGAACAUCUACUCCACAAACAUAUGCUGAAAAACUUUUACAAUCAAUGCAAUAUUUUUUCGCAUACCUUUUGCGAAAAAGAAGAUGUUACAACUCCGUUGGAAAUGCAACGUAAGAGUCGUGCGGGAUUUCAACAUAUAAAACGUUCGACAAAUGAUUUUGCAUUCAACUUCAAUGGGUUGAAGUAAAUUCACAAAACAAAUCCACUAGAUUAAAAGGAAACUAUUUGUGGUAUGAAUUUGGUGUACAUUUAAAUUUAAUUUAGGCAACUUUAACAUAAAUUUAGAUUGCCAACAACGCUUACAAGUGCCAUUUAUGUAUGUACGUUAUACCAAGUUGAAAUAUGUGUAAAAAAGUGCGGAGGGUUCAAAGAAUGUAAAAAUUAACUUCAGAUAAUGUGAGUGCUUUAUUCUACGAAUCAUAUGAUUGAUAAACAAUAUCAAAAAUCGAUAUUGGCAAUUUUAUAAUUGUUAAGCAAAAUAUUUGCUGCUUACCUCAACCUCAUUUAAAAAAAAUAUUAAUUUAGAAACAACUGUUAAUUAAAUCGUCUAAAUGAACAACACAAAAGAAUAUCGAUUUAAUUUAAAAGUACAAUUUUUUUUUUGUUAUUCCGAAAUAUUUGGCAUGUAUUUGUGUAUGAAUUUUAAAUUGUAAACUAAAAUAUGUACUCAACAAAUUAAAAAAAAAAAUAUAUAUAUAUAUACAUGAAAUUCUUGUAAAGUGAUAAUAUCAUUAAGCUAAAAUGAAAAUUAGGCGUAUAAUGUCAAAAAAAAAUUUUAGUAUCAAUUUUAUAGCGUGUAAAAAUAUUUUCCUUUAUUAUCAUUUCGAUACCCGCAGAGAUUUAUCGACUCGUGCUCGAGCCAUAGAUACUUUGCAGCUAUACCUAGCUUAUAAAUAUCUUUACAAAUCGUCACAUUUAGGUUUCAAGUGAAGAAUGUUUGAAAAGCGUUUGUUUCCAUUUAAGCGAAGUCAGACUAAGCAUGCUUUGAAGUAGAAUAAAAUCUCAUCUAAAAAUGAAAAUGAACUCAACAGUGGUAUUUAUUAAUAAUAAACACACCCGCACUCCUCCUAACGCACUUAAUACUUUUUAUACACAUUGAAAUAUUUAUUUAAGUACAUACAUACCUGAUUUAUUUGAAUUUGUUUAAUUUUUUUUUUGUUAAGUUAAAAUUAUCUUAAAUUUUUAUAUCAAAUAUAAUUGGAUUUAAUCUAAAGUUGUAA